AAUGUUCAGUAUUUUGAGUAAGUUGUAUUAAUAUCUGGCGCGGUGCGGAAGUGGCGCGUGGGGUAGGGCGCGCGCUGCUGCCGCAUAUAAACUGACGCGGACUUCCUCAAACUCACUUUGCAUCGGAGCAGGAGCGCACUUAAGAUCUGAAGCAGCAGUCAUGAGCUGGGAGAGCUACAUCAGCAGCCUGACGAAGAGUGAAUGGGUGGAUGAUGCGGUCAUCAUCGGGCACGCAGCGGGUCAGGAGUCCGUUUGGGCGUCAGCACCGGGCGGCUGGCUCAGUCAAGUCACGCCGAAAGAGGUUCAGGCCAUCAUCGCUAGCGACCGCAGCAGUCUGUUUGCCAACGGCGUGAGUCUGGCGGGCAGGAAGUGCACGGUGCUGAGAGACGCUCUGAAUGUGGACGGUCAGAACACCAUGGACGUGAAGAUGAAGACCUCCGAGAAAGAGCCCGAUCCGUUCUCAUUCACCAUCGGCAAAUCUCAGAAAGCUCUAAUCAUCGCUAAAGGAAUAAAAGACGCACAUGGAGGAAAAAUCAAUCCACCCGUCUUUGAUAUGGCCGCAUACCUCAGAAAGAUGAACAUGUGAACACACUUUACCCUUCUGACUCCGCCCAUUCCACCCUGCUCUGCCACGCCCACUUCCUCUGUCCUCCAUCUUUAGGAUCCGAUGCAAUACAUUUCCAGAAACCAGAAGAACACAUCCGAGACCCGCCAGGAGUUUCCAGACGCCUCCAGGUCUCUGGGUUUUAACGUUCCAGGAGUUUCGAUAUGUCCUCAGCUCUCCAGUCAGGCAGUGGAACACAAACUCUAGUUAAUAUCCAUCUCAUUUAUUGAUUAUAUGAAUAAAUAAUUGAUUGAUUGUAUGAUACUAUGGUAUUUUGCAGUCGGAUGGGCGGAGCUACAAGUCAAACGUUUGUAUGAUUGUUUGUGUGAAAUCCUGCUGAUCAAAUCGCUGCAUUCUGACAUUUAGAUGCCAAAUAAAGAGAGCAUGAGUUUCUAUG